AUGGCCAAGUCAGAUCCAGAUGGUAAAGAUGAGAAAGUCAAGAAUGAAACAGAUGGAGGGGGUCAAAAAUGGUACAUGGAUAGCGUCUGCUCAAAGCACAUGAUCGGUGAAAAGGAUCACUUUCUCUCACUCAAAGCUUUUCAAAGUGGGAGUGUAUCCUUUGAAAAUAGUAAGAAGGUGCACAUUCUUGGAGUAGAAAAAGUUGAAAGGACAAUUGCUCAUGCCAUAGAAAAUGCAUACUUUGUAAAUGGUCUGAAGUAUAGCCUGGUAAGCGUGUCUCAAAUCUGUGACAGAGGAAAUGAAGUCAAGUUCCUGUCUUGCUCUUGCACAGUCACAAGUCUCAAAACUGGUGAAGUGGUUCUGGUUGCCAAGAGAUUCAAAAAUGUAUAUGUCAUAGACUUUGGCUCCCAAGACGAAAGUGAUUUGACCUGUCUGAGUGCAAUUGAGGAAGAUCCUGAGCUCUGGCAUAGACGACUGGGGCAUGCAAGCUUUUCGUUAUUAAACAAACUUGUUGUGAAAGACUUGAUUCGUGGAUUACCAAAGGCAAAGUUUAAGGAUCACAAUACUUGCGAUGCUAGCAUAAGAUGGAAGCAGGAAGCUCUGGAAAAAUUUGAUGCCAAAAGUGAUGAAGGUAUCUUCCUUGAGUACUUUUCUCAUAGCAAAGCAUACAAAGUCUACAAAAAAAGGACACAAACUGAGGAGGAAAGUGUGCAUGUAAUUUUCAAUGAGUCUAGCUUUCAAAGGGAUGUUAGGGUUCUAUAUGAUGAAGAGGAAGAUUGA